UCCCCGCAGCUGGCCCCAUGUGUGAGAGAGGUCUCCUUUGGCUUUACACUCGAGAUGAUCUUUUUCUUCUCCGUUUCCCCGCCGGAUAGGCUAAUUUUAUCGGGUUUAUCGGAAAAAAUAUCUCGGUCUAGGGUUUCUUCCUCACCUCCGCGUGCAUCGAUCAUGCCUUCGGUGGUCGGAGGGCGCCUCCCUCGACGCGCCGUCAUGAUCCCAUCGAUGACUUCGUUCAAUGGUGCUUCUUGCUCCCAUCGCCUCAAACAACUCGAGAAAUGGAGUCGGCGGGGUAAUUUGACUCAAUAGUACGAUCGGGUCUCGGCGUUGCGAGUUAUUGGAUGUCCUUCUCCUUCUCUUUUCCAGUCGUUCACGGUCCUUUCCUUUUCUUUUUGACCUAAGAGUCUCCUCAGAUAUUCUGCGAUUUUUUUUUUUUUUUGCCUGUGUUGGUUUUCGUCGCCGGCUUCUGUCUUGGGGAUUUGUCUGAUACGGUCCAUCGUCUCUUCGGACUGAGAUCUUCCUUUGUACACUAGCAGCUGCAUGGGAAGUUUCUCUUGUUUAGAUACACUUCCUGAAUAUGCUAUUGCUGAUUUGCAUGAAUACUGUGUCAGCUGUGAGAAAUCCCAUGCAACCGUGGAAGUUUGUGCUUGUUUGAAUAAUAAUCAGAGUACUGGGGUCACAAACAUGUGGAUUCCAAAUGUUCCUUCUGUCUGUAGUGAGAACAUGAUCACUAUACAUGGAGUUGAUGGCUCUCAUGCUUUGAUUCUGUCUAUUAAUGAUCUUCAAGGACAGUUAUCUAUUGAUGGUAUUACUUCAGAUGAGAAAAUACUUGAACCCAAGAAGACAGAAACUCAUGAAAACUUAUGUCUUCCUGUUAACUGGAAACCCAAAGCCUUGGCCAAAUCUACAACAUUUCCUUCAACACUGGUGGCAGAUGUCAGUGACCUUUACAUAGGUGAUACUUGUAGCUUACUAAGCACAGAAUUUUCAAAUCAGUGUUCCCCCACAAAGGCUAAUCCUACAUACGCACGAUCAAUGUCUCUUCCCGUGCCCCCAAAGCUCAUUUCUGCCAUGAAGGGAAGCCGUGUACAGCACGGUUCACCAUCAGAUCUCAAGUUACAUGUGAAAUGGGCUCUUGAUGUUUAUGAUCCACCGUGCACCUUGCUGUCGCACACUGUGAAGAAUAAUCAUCAUCAACUUCCCAAAGCAAGGAAAAACUAUAGUAACAAGCACAAGCACAAGCACAAGGCAAAAUCAGCAUGGGCAAGUAACAAUGAUAGAAGAACUGCAAAAAGGAUUAUCAACAAUAAGACUGAAUCCUUGAAUGCGAGAUUGCAGUAUACUAGGAUGGCUGGCUUGUUGAAUGACUAUGGCAAAUCCAGCACUGAAGGUGUUGAGUAUACAGUCACCAACCAAGAUUCAAAGUGUGGAGGCAGCUUCUUGGUGCAGGCGCUUGCAAAAGUCAAUAUAUCAUCUGUAACUGAGGUUACUUGAUCGCUCUUGAUCUUGAUAAGUUGUUCCUAAUCUUUGUAUAUAAAUAAGCUGAUAAAUUUCUGCUUGUUUCGAAGUUCUAUUUGGUGGAGUGAAGCCUAAAAUACUAUGACUGUCAUUUUGAUGUGCCAUCUUGUGCAACGAAGACGAAAAAGUAUGAUAAUUUUCUGUAUCAAAAUUAACAACUGAAAUGCCUUGUGUA